AUGGCCGGCGUUGGGUGGCUACCACCGCGAUUACUGGUUGUUUCGCCACGCACAGCCAUUCUGUGCAGCAUACCGCGAGCACCGAUCCACGCCCUUUCGACCCGACCAGCAACGCUUCCGCCCUUGACCUGGACGGGACGUGUCGGCUUCUCGACGAAUCCGCCGCCGGCAGAUGGCAAGCACGACAACGACAGCGCCUCGCGACUCCACCCGGACGAGCAGCAUUCGCGGGCACGCGAGCUACAAGCCAAGCGGCCAUGGCACCGCGAAGAUGCGGACCAGCCGCCGGCGCAGAAGACGGGGGCCUUGCCAGCAAAGGGCAAACUGUUGACGACACCCAACCGACUGCUCAAGUUUACGCUGCCGCUGCCAGUGGGUGUACGGCAAGAGAAGGAGAGAGAAGCCGGCGACAAGGACGGCGACACGGACGGCCAGAACCAGAAUCCACACACAAACAUCGAGCCGCUCUCGCUGUUCCUACACCCGCAGCAGCCGCUGUCGUACGUGCAGCGGCUGAUCCAGGCAGAGCUGCCGCCCGUGGUGGACGCCAAGGGCCGCGAGCGGCCGCCCAACGUGUACUUUUGGGCCGAAGAGACGGGCGCCGAGCAUGCCGAGGGCCGCCGCACAGACUCGGCGGCGGACGCCAGCCAGGCGCGGGGCAGCUCGCACGUCGCGGCGUACUCGGGGCUCGGGCACGAAGCGGCAGAGCGGCACGACGCCGACAAGGACUGGGUGCGGUGGGGCAGCAGCACGGAGAUGGGCGACUUCAUCCGCGAGGCGGCGCGGGGCCGCGAGUUUGCCAUUGUGAUUGAGGGCGAGCCGCCGGCGACGGAGAUUCGGGUCAGCGUGCCGUCGUUUGCGGACCGCACGUUCUACCAGCGCAUGCGCCUGCGGCGGCUGUCGCGGCAGAUUGCGCACCAGGCGGCCAUCAAGCAGGAGUGCGACGCGCUGGCGCACCGCAGCGCGCGGCGGCUGGCCAAGGGCGGGUUCGGCGCGCUCGUCGGGUGGUGGGCGAUUGUGUACUACCUGACGUUUAUGACCGAGUACGGCUGGGACCUCGUGGAGCCGGUGACGUACCUGGCGUCGCUGACGCUCAUCCUGGGCGGCUACUUUUGGUUCCUCUACAUCUCGCGCGACCUCAGCUACAAGGCGGCCAUGAACGUGACGGUGUCGCGGCAGCAGACGGCGCUGUACGAGAGCCGCGGGUUCGACGUGCGGCGCUGGGAGCGGCUGGUCGAGGAGGCCAACGGCCUGCGGGCGGAGAUCCGCAGCGCGGCGUACGAGUACGAUGUGGACUGGGACGAAGCACAGGACCUCGGCGGUGCCAAGGUCAAAAAGGUGCUCGAGAAGGAGGUGAAGCGGGAGAAGGCCAAGAAGGAGCGUGAGGAGGCAGAAGAGGCCGAGGCGGAGGAAGCGGAGGAUGAGGAGAUGGAGGCCAAGGACAAGGAAAAGAAGUAG